AUGGCAGCCCCCAAGAAACGGCUGCCUAGCGAACGCUGGACAUCAUACGACGACUGGAACUACGGCGGAAUGAAACAGCGUCUCCAGACCUUCAUGUCCUCCAUCAACAAAGCAGCAAUAACAGAACACGCCUCAGCCGUCCUCGAUGCACCCACGUCCAUGAGCAAGCCCUUUUCCGCCGGUCAGCACUGGUGCUGCUUCGAGCUCGUCGCUGCCGAUGAUGAAUCCCGCUUCCUCAUCGCCCGAGUCCGACUACCAAAACAUCCAGAAAGCAGCAUCAGCGCCCCUGAUGAAGCAGACGAGUACCUCAUUCAAUGCGAGGUUGCGACAAUGAAGUUGCUGCAUGCAAAAGUCACCGCAGUUCCAAUACCCAGACUCUACGCCUAUGAAGCGCCAGGGUCAGCAAGGGCCAUUGCCGCAGGCGCUGCGUACAUGCUCAUCGAGGGCUUCCAUGGCAAUUCCCUGCAAGACGUCAAUCUCAACAUCUACAAUCUUCCCAUCUCGACGCAGGAGCACAUCUUCGCACAAUGGACGACGUUACAAGCCCAACUUGCAGCCUUGACGUUUCCGAAAAUCGGCUCCAUCUCGCAUUUCUCACAGGAGACCGGUCCCGUCAUUGGCCCCAUGGCCACAUCUUGGCUGGAACAUCUUCCCAGUCCCGGCCCAUUCGAUUCUGCAUGGGAAUACUUUGCCGCCGUGGCGGAAGGCUUCGUGGCCGAAGCACUUCAAAACAAGCGAUCCGCUGAGGAGGACGAGAGCGAGAGCGGCUAUACGAAUCGGUUUGCUAUUCUUGGCCCGCUUGUCUUUCAAAGUAUCGUGCGCGACACAGACAUCUACAGAGGUGACCAACGGCCCUUCUUCCCUUUCAUUCACAUGGACAUGGGCACUCAGAAUCUCCUCGUCGACGAUAAUUACAAUUUCAUUGCUGUAAUCGAUUGGGAGUUUGCCCAGUCUGCCCCCUGGCAAGUCUUUCACUACCCUAUGCCCAUUGCAAUCACCACCUCAGACACCACGAUUGCGCAGAGACUUCAUGAUGGGGGGCAUUUGGCGCAUCGUAAUGUGUCGAGGCAGGUUGGUGCGAGGUUACUCUAUAGACAACAAUUUCAAGAGGCUGAACGAGGCCUUGAAGAGAAAGGUAACUCUCUCAAGUGCUCGAUUGCCGAUGUAUUGGAGAGCAAAGCCUCUCGAAUAUACGGGCUUGUCGAAAAGAUUAGUUCCUUCAAAGGGAUGGAAGAGGAACUUACAUAUGAAUUAGUGAGGCUGGGCUAUGGGCUCAAGGGCUUGGAAGCAGAACAGCUCAUCAAAAAGGUAGAAGCAGAUUUCAAGGCUGAAAACCCGGACUACUUCCAAUGA